GGAGGAGGUGAGGGGACGGGCAAGAUGGCGUCGGAGGGCGACCUGGGCAGGAAGUGGGACCGGUGUGUGGCAGACUCCGCCGUCAAGCUGGGUGCUGGAUUUGGACUAGGAAUUGUUUUCUCAGUCAUCUUCUUCAAGAGAAAGACAUGGCCUAUUGCAUUUGGGUCAGGGAUGGGGUUAGGAAUGGCUUAUUCCAAUUGUCAACACGACUUCCAGUCUCCAUAUCUCCUCCAUGGUAAAUUUGUAAAAAUGAGCUUUGGCCAGCCUCCUGCAGCCCCACCAGACAUACCUGCUUGCAAAUAUUCUCUCCAGCUGCCUGUUAAAGGGAAACAGUAACAAGAUUCUCCAACAAAUAAAAUCUUUGGAGAGCAAUAUAGAGAAACUGGCUUGGAUGCAGCUGCUCAGCAUUGCCAGCUACUGCCCAGAAUAAAAACUCUGUAGCUCUUGUGGCUGGAUGUGUUAACAUUAAAAUGUGUUGGUAAUGCACACCAUCCUGAGGGUGUUCCUCCAGUUUAUGUCUCCAAAAAAAAGCUGGAGUGACAUGACUGUGGCUUCAUGAACAGUGACUAAUGGCUGAGACUAUCCCAGUGGGAAGGAAGGAGAAAUCAAUGAUUAUUCCUCAGGAAUACUGAAGUGCCCCUGGAAUAAGCCAACAUUCUUCAGUAACGAUCACUAGUAACUCUUUAUACUCCAACAAACUGUUUCUGUCUAUGAAACAAAGAUCUGUUGCUUGUUUUGUAUCGUGUCUGAAAAGUGCAAGGAAGAGCUCUUCUGGGAAAUAAAUAAAAGAAAAAUGGCCUUC